GUGCUUUGAAGAAGAGUCUCACAGCCAAGCAGGUCCAGGCGGAUUUCAUAACUCUGGGUCUUAGUGAGGAAAAAGCCACUUACUUUGCUGAAAAGAGUCGUCAUCAUUUUAAUUUAAAUUAUUUCUUUUUCUUUAAUCAGCUAAAGUUGGUGGUUAAAAAAGGAAAUCAAACCGAAAAUGUGUAUAUAGAAUUAACCUUGCCUCAGUUCUACAGCUUCCUGCACGAGAUGGAGCGAGUCAGAACCAGCAUGGAGUGUUUCUGCUGAUUUCUGUCCCUGCAUCUCCGCUGGCCCCAUUUCCUGCCCUCCUCCCUUCCCUGGGUGACUGCUCUGAGAGGCACCUCACUUAUAGGCCUGUGGGGCACUCCAUGGGGCCCUGCCGGCUUCUUGGCAGCCCAGUGCAAAGGGUUUCUGAAAAACAGUAGGAUUAAUUACUUAAAGAGCCCAACACAGGGCCGGGCGCGGUGGCUC